AUGAAUGAAGCAACAGCUGGAUAUGGUUUUGGUACGAAUAUUUCAACACCAUUGACGCGAAAUAAUUACCUGCUGUGGAGUAGAUCUGUUAAAGUUGCACUCACAGCGAAAAUGAAACUGUCCUUUAUCGAUGGAUCGUAUCCAAAACCUACUGAAAACACUGAAAAAUGCAAACAUUGGAUUAGAACAGACAGUAUGGUAUUUUCAUGGAUUAUGAAUUCGAUAUCUAAACACAUCGCAAAGGCUUUCUCAUAUGCUAAGUCUGCUAGAAGUUUAUGGUUGCAACUUGAGGCGCGGUUUGGGCAGACAAAUGGCCCUAUGAUCUAUAACUUACAACACGAAAUUGCUUCGAUUUCUCAAGAAAAUAUGGAUGUAGUUUCGUAUUUUACAAAAAUCACAAUGUUGUGGGAUGAACUUGAGUGUGUCGAUCCUACGCCGGAAUGUACAUGUGCUUCGCAAUGGACUGUGAGCAAUAAGAUCGCUUCUACUCAGUUAAUGCAAUUCCUAAUGGGAUUAAACGAUUCCUUUAGCGCAAUACGCAAUCAAAUUCUUGUUAUGGAUCCACUUCCUUCAGUGGAUAGGGCGUACUCCCUAGUUCUGAGAGUUGAAAGCCAGCGACAAAGCAGUAUCAAUAUUGAAGAACUUAACAAUAAUGCGGCGAUGAUGAUACGUGGUGCUGAAUACAGAAGAGAAACAGGAGGUAAGAACUUUCAGCAGAGAAAACAACACAUGGAUAAAAGGAGCCAGUAUUGUACGCACUAUGCAAAAGCAGGACAUGCUAAGGAAACAUGCUUCAAACUACAUGGAUAUCCUGAAUGGUUUAAGGAGCUAGCUGAGAAGAAGAAGAGAUAUGGCAUAGACACUCGAGCCUUGAAUGCAGUCACUUUUGAGACUGCUGCAGGUUCGCAACUAGAGGUAUUAACACAGAACUUAUGCUGCAAGUGA